UAGCCGACCCGACGGGACCGCCCUUUCCUUUUAUCUCCCUCCCCUCGCUUCCUUCCUUCCUUUCCCAGUCCGGCUACUGGAAAUCCUGCUCAAGGUCGAGGCCGGGUUAGCUCUGACGAGCCCUUUGAGCUCGUGAAUUUCUUGUUUUGAGGUGUGUGCACAAUAGGCUGAAAUUGGAGGCUUUACUCGGUUCAUUUGGAGAGACAAUAACAGAAAAUAUAGGCAGAGUUUUGAAAUUUUUACGGUUUCUUUCUUGCCCUUUGUCUUGGUGAUUUAUUAGGUGCGAAAAAUGUCGGUCACGGCAGGUGUUAGCGAUACUAUUAUUGCUAUAAGGGAUAAACUAAGGGGUAAAAUUGGGCAGACGAAAGUUAAAAGAUAUUGGCCUGGUAAAGCACCAGAGUGGGCUGAUGAUGCUGAUGAAGAUGGAGAUAUUAGGAUGGCCAGGUCAGCUGCCCUGGAGAAAGCCUUCCCGACUCAUGAAGAUUCGGGCAUUGUUAGAAAGGACGAUCCUAGGUUGCGGCGUCUCGCCGAGAGCAGGAUUGAUAAUCGGGAUGAAAUCAGAGCAGAUCACCGUCGCAUCCGACAGGCUGAGAUUGUUUCCACCAUCGAAGAGGAGAGCGGAAGGCAAGAGGGCCUUGAAGCGGAGGAAGAGGAUGCCGAAGCUCUCGAGGAGAGGAGAAGGAAGAUAAGGGAGAAGCUGCUUCAGAGGGAACAGGAUGAGGUGGCACUGCUUCCUGAAGAAGAGGAAGAGGAAGAGGAGGAGGAAGAAGAGGAGGAGUCAGAGUAUGAGACUGACUUGGAAGAAGAUGGGACGGGUUUUGCGAUGGUGAAGCCAGUCUUUGUCCCAAGGGCAGAGAGAGAUACUAUAGCUGAGCGUGAGCGGCUAGAGGCAGAAGAACGUGCACUCGAAGAAUUGGUGAAGAGGAGACAGGAGGAGAGGAGGAUAGAAACCAAGCAGCUAGUUGUUGAGGAGAUCAGGAAAGAUGAGGAGAUCCAGAAGAAUCUGGAAAAUGAGGCCAACAUUGCUGAUGUCGACACCGAUGAUGAGAUUAAUGAGGCCGAGGAAUACGAAGCCUGGAAGGUGAGAGAGAUAACAAGGAUUAAGAGAGAUCGGGAAGACAGAGAAUUGAUGUUAAAGGAGAAGGAAGAGAUUGAGAAGGUGAGGAACAUGACGGAGGAAGAGAGGAGGGAGUGGGAGAGGAAGAAUCCAAAGCCGUCUGGCCCGCCUAAGCAGAAGUGGAGGUUCAUGCAGAAGUAUUACCACAAGGGUGCUUUCUUCCAAUCAGACACUGAUGAUCGUGCUGGAACAGCUGGGGGGGAUGGCAUUUACACUCGCGAUUUCUCUGCUCCUACUGGGGAGGACAAGAUGGACAAGACUAUCUUGCCCAAGGUCAUGCAAGUCAAGCACUUUGGUCGCAGUGGGAGGACAAAAUGGACCCAUCUCGUCAACGAGGAUACAACCGAUUGGAACAACCCGUGGACAUAUAAUGAUCCUCUCAGGGCUAAGUACAAUGCGAAAAUGGCUGGGAUGAACGCCUCCAUCACAAAACCAAAAGGAAGCAAGAAGUUGAAGGACUGGGAUUCUCAUUGAAUCGCUGAAAGUUCGCUUCAGCACAUAAAACCCGGAUAUGGAUUCCGGAGUUUGCAAAACGAAGGAAUACGAAAUCCUUCCGAGAGCUCUAGUAGUUGGGUCCUAUAGAUUGGUGGUAUAUUUAGAAUCUCACUGGCCUCAGAGUAAUGUUCGAAUAUUUCUUAGCGUAAUGGUUAUGGAAUUGUUCACUUGUACUGCUGAAGCUUAAGUGGGCCUGAAAUUCUGUGGCUCUCUAUCUUGUUCAAUUUGGUAGGGAUAGGGCUUACUCGUACUAGUGUAAGACGAAGGGAAUCAUAUUGAAUAGUUUGGUAAAGAUCCGAGUGACGAUGCAAUUAAUGCCAUGCAAGCAUAAUAUGCGAUUGAUGGCGUAAA